UCCGGGGUUCUCGUGAACAAGUAAUUCAAAUCAACGCAUUAGCUAACAAGAUAGCAUUCAUAUAUGACAAAAAAACAAAAGUGCAAAUCUGUCCUGUGAGUUUUAGUGGUGUUUGUCGGAGGCAAAAUUGCGUGUGGUCUGAAAUGACUUAAGGAGACGGAAGAUUUACCUUCUUACUGGUGGAACUUGUAGAAAACCGGCAGAAGAUGAUAGAACCAGAGUUACUGACCGAGGUCCCUGCAGCCCUCAAGCGGCUUGCCAAGCAGGUUGUGAGGGGUUUCUAUGGUGUGGAGCAUGGCCUAGCCCUGGAUGUACUGAUCCGUAACCCAUGUGUGCGUGAAGAGGACAUGCUGGAGCUGCUCAAGUUUGAUCGUAAACAGCUGCGUUCAGUGCUGAACACCCUGAAGGGGGACAAGUUUGUCAAGUGCCGAAUGAGAGUGGAGACGGCCCCUGAUGGCAAGACGACACGACACAACUAUUACUUCAUCAACUACAGGGUGCUGGUCAAUGUAGUCAAGUACAAAUUGGAUCACAUGCGACGGCGCAUUGAAACAGAUGAGCGAGACUCCACUAACCGUGCAUCCUUCCGCUGCCCCUGUUGCUUCUCCACCUUCACUGACCUGGAGGCCAACCAGCUGUUUGACCCAAUGACAGGUACGUUUCGCUGCACCUUCUGCCAAACGGAGGUGGAGGAGGAUGAGUCUGUGUGUCCUGAUGCCAGGACGCUGGUAGCGCGCUUCAACGAGCAGAUCGAACCCAUUUAUGCGCUGCUACGAGAAACUGAAGACGUCAAUUUGUCCCAUGACCUGCUGGAGCCUGAACCUACUGAAAUCCCAGCCCUCAAACAAAGCCGUGAACGUUCUGCAGCAUCUGGAGGUGCUGCGAGCGGCCCACACCGCGAAGCCUGGUCAAACAAAGGUUCGUCCUACGCAGACCUGUACACCCAGAAUGUGGUCAUCAGCAUGGAGGAGCAGGACGAGCUACAGAAACAGGCCAGCGAGGGCAAAGCGCCCAAAGAGAGGCCCAUCUGGCUGACCCAGAGCACCGUGCAGGGGGCAGACAGCGAAACGGACAUCCUCAAAAACCGUGCAGAGGCUGGAUCUGGAGCUCAGGACGGAGCAGCCGCUCAUGGAGCUGCUCAGGUGGAUGAAAACGAGGAGGUGAUGCGAACCCUGCUCAUCCAUGAGAAGAGGGGCGUGGCGGGUCCGGGCGGAAGCGGGGGCGGAGCCAACGCGGCCGCCAGAGGCCUGACCUCGGCCACGGCCAACGCCAGCGACUCAGAAAGCGACACCAGCGAAUCAGAUGACGACUCUCCUUCAGGUCCUCCCGCCGCCGCCGCCGUUCAGCACCGCGUGGACGAGGAGGAGGAGGACGACGAUGACGAGUUCGAGGAGGUGGGGGACGAGCCCAUGGUGAUGGUGGGGGGGCGGCCUUUCUCGUACGGGGAGGUGAGCCAGAGGCCGGAGCUGGUGGAGCAGAUGUCAGCACAGGAGAAGGAGGCCUACAUCGAAAUGGGACGGAACCUGUUCCAGGACAUGUACUUCUGAAAAUACAAGCUUGAAUGGUUUUUGUGGAGUGGCUUUCCCAUUUCUAUCCUUGUCCUUUCACUCUGUAUCAGUAUCGGAGGAAACGCUCAGAAACACAGUUUGUCGAGCUAAACCUGCUGCUGCUUCAGAUGCGUUUCCAGUCGGCUUCGUGUUCCUCCUCUGGACCAAGCACCUGCUCUGACAGUGUUGAAUAAGUGCUCUGUUAGUAUUCUGUUCCAAGUAUUUUCUACAGUUGACAGACUAAAAGGAGCCAGACCAGAGUGCCAAUAGUUUCCUUUUUGUAUAGAUUCUUUUUGCAGCCAUCGGUCUACAACAGCCACAUUUCAGUCCAUUUUUACGGUCAUCUGACACACAAGCAUUUCUCUAACCUUCAACCUUCAGCCAGUCAUAUUCCCAGAACUACUCUGAAGUGGAAUGGUCCCUUUCUGCCUCAGGCUCAUGAAUAUGUCCAGUUUAUCUGAUCACAUGCAGGAUUUGAAAGCUGAACUCAGGUCAAUGUGGACCAGUGGAACCAGGAAGAUGUGGGUACAUUCUUGUGGGUUACACGAAAACAUUUGCUAUUGAGAGCAACAUGUAAUAAAGAUACUGCUUUAGAGUGUAA